UGUGAGUGGGGUGUGUGGUUGGGUAUUAUUGGUGAAACUUGCGUUGGGGGAAGAAAAAAAAAUCUCGCAGGCAAAAAGAAAUCCCCCACACAUAACUUGGGCCGAGCCUCAAUAGACCGUGUGCGGACACGAGGGGACACACACCACGCACCACGCACGCACGCACGCGUGGAGACAGAGAGGAUCUGGGACGGGCGAGCAGAAGGAGGACUCAGCAUUCGAGGAUGGAGGAUGAGGGAGGGCUAGGAGGGCGCUAUACAAUGGGUUAGGAGGAGUUGUGAAGCCAACACUUUCAGCCAAAGCGAAUAUUGACUGGCCGAAAUGGUGGCAUGGCGGCUGGCGGGGACAGCUAGGAGAUCUUCAAUCUCAUCAACAGCACGGGGAGGUGGAGGAGGACACCGUGAUCAUCAUCAGCAGCAGCAUCAGCAGCAGGAGGAGGAGGCGGAGUGUAACCACGAGUCGGGGAAGCAUGUCCGUGGAGGCGCGGCUGGGUGCGGGAUGUGAUGGGAUGAGAGAUCGGGUUGGGUCUCGACCAAUACCGGAUCGGGAUCAGGAUCGGAAUCGGAGGAUCAGAGACCGGGACCAGAGGAUCAGGGACCGGGAUCAGAGGAUCAGGGACCGGGAUCUUCUGGAACGCCCCAGCUACUGUGAUGCCGAGUUCGCGCUCGAGCAGAUAGCCAAGGGCCGGGCGACUGGGCGGCACGCGCCGCUGUGGCUGCGUGCACGCCUGCAGGCCGUGCUGUUCGAGCUCGGCUGCCGGAUCCACGCACACUGCGGCAAGGUCCUCUUCCUGGGCCUCCUCGUCUUCGGGGCCUUCGCCGUGGGCCUCCGCGUGGCCUCCGUCGAGACUGACAUCGAGGAGCUCUGGGUUGAAGUGGACGGACGAGUGAGCCGAGAGCUCGCCUACACACGGCUCAAGAUCGGCGAAGACGCCGGAACGAGUCCACAGAUGCUCAUUCAGACGGGGCGCUCGGGUGGUGGCAUCGGAGCUGAGAAGGCCAGGCAGCAGUUGACCCCCGAGGGGUUGAGGCAGCACCUGGUGUCGGCUCAGGCGGCCAGUCGCACGCAGGUCACCCUCUACGGGAAGGAGUGGACUUUAGACAAGCUCUGCUUCAAGAGCGGCAUACCCAUUUUCGAGAUAUCCCUCGUGGACCAGCUGGUGGAACGGCUGUUCCCGUGCGUGGUCAUAACGCCACUCGACUGCUUCUGGGACGGAGCUAAACUACAAGAAGGCUUCAUAUAUCUGCCCAGUCAACCGGUGAUCCGGUGGACGAACCUGGACCCCGAGCGGCUGCUGGAGGCGCUGGGCUCCGUGCUAGACGUGAGCCAGCUGAAGCGGCUGCUGCAGCGCGCCGGCGUCGGCCGGGCCUACAUGGACAGGCCUUGCCUGGAGCCCUCGGACCCCGACUGCCCUGACACCGCGCCCAACAAACACUCGGGACAGGCACCCGACGUGGCGGGCGAGCUCUCGGGCGGCUGCUACGGCUUCUCGCGGCGCUACAUGCACUGGCAGGAGGAGCUCAUCAUCGGCGGCGCCGCACGCAACGGCUCUCGCCUUCUCACCGCCCAGGCCCUACAAACGGUGUUCCACCUGAUGAGCGCCGAUCAGCUGUUCCGCACGUUCAAAGGCGACUACGAGAUGUUAGACGUCAACUGGAACCGGGAGAAAGCGGCCGCCGUGCUCGACGCGUGGCAGCGCAAGUUUGUGCAGGUGGUGCAGCAGAGCGUGCCCCCCAACUCGAGCCACGUCGUCAGCUCCUUCACGCAGACGACGCUCAAAGACAUCCUCCGCUCCUUCUCCAGCGUGAGCGCCGUGCGCAUCGCCGGGGGCUACCUGCUCAUGAUGGUGUACUCGUGCAUGACGAUGCUGCGCUGGGAGUGCGGCCGCUCCCAGGGCGCCGUGGGCCUCGCCGGCGUUCUGCUCGUCGCUCUGUCCGUUGCCUCCGGCCUCGGGCUCUGCUCGCUCAUCGGCAUCUCCUUCAACGCCGCCACCACGCAGGUGCUGCCCUUCCUAGCGCUGGGGAUCGGGGUAGAUGAUGUCUUCUUGCUGGCGCACUGCUUCACUGAGAUGGGACAGCAAACGAACAUUCCGCUCGAGCGGAGGACGGGCGAGUGCUUGAAGCGCACAGGCACCGGCGUGGCACUCACCUCCAUCAACAACAUGGCCGCCUUCUUCAUGGCAGCGCUCAUCCCCAUCCCGGCUCUGCGCGCCUUCUCCCUGCAGGCUGCUGUGGUGGUGGUCUUCAACUUUGCCAUGGUUCUGCUCAUUUUCCCGUCCAUCCUGAGCCUGGACCUGCAGCGCCGCGAGGAGGGGCGACUCGACCUGCUGUGCUGCUUCUACAGUCCGAGCGCGAUGCGGCCCUCGCGGCCGCAGGCGCCGGCGUUCCGCGAGUUGGCCGCCGCCGCGGCCGCCGCGGCCGCCGCGGCCGCAGGGGGCGACGUGUCCCCCCCGCCGCCCUACAGCAGCCCCACCGGCUUCCCCGAAACCCACAUCACCAUGCACUCCACCGUGGAGGUGCAGUACGACCCCGCGAGCCAGCAGUGCGUGACCACCGUGCACCCGUGCACCGAGGUCACGUUCCGGCCGCGCUCGCUCGGCCCGGAGCCGUCCGUCGCUCUGACGGCGACGUCGUCGUCGUCGUCGUCGCCGGCGUCGUCGUCCGGCACGGUCGUCGUCCCGGAGUCGGCGAGUUCCACGCGCGACCUCCUCGCCGACCACGGCGCGACCGCGGCGUACGGAACGGACGAAGGCGACGACGGCGGCGGCGACGGCGAUGGUGGUGGCGGUGGCGGGCCGUGGGGAGGGUGGCCGGCCGGCUGGGGGGCGAGCGAGCGGCCUCCGCCUGCGUGGACGCGGUGGAACCUGCAGGAGUUUGCGCGGACGCGGUACGCGCCCUGGCUGCUGCUGCGCAGGACUAAGGUGGCCGUGCUGAGCGCGUUCAUGUGCCUGCUGGCGCUGUGCCUGUAUGGCACGACGCGCGUGCGCGACGGCCUCGGCCUGGCCGACGUGGUCCCGCGCGGCACGCGCGAGCACGCCUUCCUCACGGCGCAGGCGGCCUACUUCUCGGUGUACGGGGCCUACCUGGUCACCACCGAGGGCGUGGACUACCCCCGCGCCCAGGAGAGCCUCUACCGGCUGCACGACGCCCUGCACGGCCUCCCCUACACGCUGCGGGGCCCCGACGGCGCCCUGCCCCGUACCUGGCUUCACCACUUCCGCGACUGGCUGCAGGGACUGCAGGUGGCAUUCGAUGAGGACUGGCGAUCCGGCCGCAUCCGCCGGGACGAGUUCCAUAACGGCUCCGACGACGGCGUGCUGGCGUACAUGCUUCUCAUCCAGACGGGCGACGCCAGCGCGCCCUUCGACUACGCCCAGUUGCAGAGCCGGCGGCUGGUGAACGAGCGGGGCCUGGUGGACGUCGACGGCUUCUACACCUUCCUCACGGCCUGGGUGACCAACGACCCGCUGGCCUACGCCGCCUCGCAGGCCAACCUGCGGCCCGAGCCCCCCGAGUGGCUCUUCAGCCGCUUCAACACCGCGCCCGACGUCAUGCGCAUCAAGCCGGCGGAGCGGAUCGAGUUUGCUCAGCUGCCCUUCUACCUGGCGGGGCUGUCGGAGUCAGCGGACCACGUGCGCGCCAUUGAGCGCGUGCGCGCCGUCUGCGAGAGCUUUGCCGCCGGCGGGCUGCCCAGCUACCCGGCCGGGUACCCCUUCCUCUUCUGGGAGCAGUACGUGGGCCUGCGCCACUGGCUGUUGCUGGCGCUCAGCGUGGGGCUGGCCUGCACCUUCCUCGUGUGUGCCCUCCUGCUGCUCAACCCCUGGACCGCUGGGCUGCUGGUGGCGGUGCUGGCGACGAUGACGGUGGAGCUCUUCGGGAUGAUGGGGCUCAUGGGCAUUCAGCUGAGCGCCGUUCCCGUCAUCAACCUCGUCGCCUUCGUCGGCAUGGGCGUGGAGUUCACGAUGCACGUCACGCUGGGCUUCCUGACGGCGACGGGCGACCGCGACAGCCGGGCUGUGCGCUCGCUGCAGCACAUGCUGGCGCCCGUGCUGGACGGCGCCGUCUCCACGCUCUUGGGACUCGUCAUGCUCGUCGGCUCCGAGUUCGACUUCAUCGUCUGGUACUUCUUCGCGGUGCUCACCAUCAUGACGGUGCUCGGUCUGCUCAACGGCAUCGUGCUGCUCCCCGUGCUCCUCUCCAUCGUGGGGCCUCCGCCGGAGGUGACCCCUGCCGGCGGCGGCAGCCGUCUCCCGACGCCAUCGCCGCAGCCGCCCCCCUACCCAGCGAGACGCGGGCGCGGCGGCGACGCCGGCGGGGGCAACUCCGGGCGGCGCCCGCCGUUCCCUCCGCCGUACCCGGGGCUCGGCGCGCGGCACGCCCGCCCCGGCGAGUCGUCCGCCGCCACCACCACCGGCACCACCCCCUCCUCCUCCUCCAUUACCGAGUCCUCCGACUCGGAGUGCUGCUCCGAGAGCGCCGCGUCGCUAUCGACGUCGCCCGGCGAAAACGCCGCCGCCGGCGCCUCCUGCGCCGCGGGCAACGCUUGCCGGCACGGACACCACGACCACAAUCACCACCACCACCGCCGCCACCACCAGCAGCAGCAGCAGCAGCAACAACAGCAGCAGCAGCAGCAACAUCGGUUGCAUCAAGUGCGAGAGCACGAUUAUCACCAUCAGCAGCAGCAGCAUCAGCAGCAGCAUCAGCAGAGGCCGCAUGCGGGGAGCGGUGGUGGACGCCGGGCGGGACACCCGCGCGUCACGUUCGUGCAGCCUGCGGGACAGUGCCUGGAGAUGGGCGCCAUGCAGUACAGGGCCCGGCCUAGGCCAAGGCCUCAGCAGGAGCAGCAGCAGCAGCACGGCGGAGUGGCAUCGGCGGACUGCACAGCACCACUGCAGCAGCAGCAGUGGGCGUCACGGCCGGCGCGCUUCCACGGCCGCUCGGGCGCGGACAGCACCGAUUCGCCGCACGCCGGGCCCGGCCGCGGCAGGACUAGCGGCCAACAAGCCUGGGGCGAAGGCCGCGGCCACCGGGCCGGGGCGACGGCGCCGGCCGGGCCGUUUGCCACCGUGACGGCCACCACGUCGGUGACGGUGGCGCUCUUGAGGCCGGGCGCGGGGUCGGCGGCGCCGGCCGCGCCGGCGGCGUCGGCGGCGCCUUUCGCGGGAGACCCCCACGUGCCCGCGUACGACGCCGGCGAGUGCGACUCGGACUGCGGGCGCCGCUGCCGCCGCCACAACCGCCACAAGUAGCGGCGAGGAGGAGGGGGGGCCCCGUGCUCAAAUGACGCCGACCGUAGCAAUAAUUGUAACGUGAGAGUAAAUAUUAUAUCGGGGUGCGGUGGGUGGGGGUGG